AUGAGUGUAUGUGUGGUUAGUGCGCUGUUAUCCCGGUCGGUCCGGACUGCUACUCGGUGGCAGGUAAGUAGCACUGACUGCUGUGAUAUAGAGACCCCGCGCGGCCAGAGAGCGAUAACAGCCAUUAAAUGAUACCAGGAGACAGAAUGGCUGACCUUCUACCAGCGCUGAUAGGGAACACUGACACAGAGCGAGACAGAUACACUGACACAGAGCGAGACAGAGACACUGACACAGAGCGAGACAGAGACACUGACACAGAGCGAGACACUGACACAGAGCGAGACACUGACACAGAGCGACUGACACUGACACAGAGCGACUGACACUGACACAGAGCGACUGACACAGAGCGACUGACACUGAGCCACUGACACUGACACUGGCAAAAUUGUACAUUGGUGAUGGUAGUCCCCUAUGGCAGACUCAACCUUGGUUCCCUCGUCUCCUGGAGAUGACGGUGGAUUUCCCACGCAUGAUUGCAAUGAGGCUGGAUGUGCUUCUGGAUCCGGAUGGGAACUUGCACGGAUUAGUGGAUCAGGGCCUGCUCCAGCUCACGGCUUGAUUUCAGGGGACCCUGGUCCGUCGCAGACGUUCCGCAAGCAACUACAAGACUCCUGGAGAGUGCCUGGGCACCGGGAACCAGAACAGCUUACAAAUCUGCAUGGCGCGUGUGGACUGGCUGGUGCGUGGGAAGGUUGUUGGAUCCAAUUUCUGCCUCUCUGAAUGAGGUGCUCAGUUUUCUGACCAUGCUUUUUGAAUCAGGUUUGGCCUACCGCACUAUCAAUGUUUAUAGAUCGGCCAUUUCGGCCGGACAUCAAGGGAUUGACGGAUCGUUGGCUGGACAACGUCCCUUCAUGUGCCGAUUGUUGAAGGGUAUCCAUUUCUCUAGACCCCCGAGAUCCAGAUACUCCUCGUUUUGGGUUGUUAACAUAGUACUUUGCUUCCUGGAGUCGUGGCCCCUUAAAUGAAGAGCUCUCGCUGAAACAGUUGUCCUGGAAAUUGGUUAUGCUCCUGUGUCUACUUUCAGAAAACUGAGCACCUCAUUCAAGGCAUUUAUGGACUGUUCCUAUAAGUUGAUUGGAUGCCCUGUUACUAGGCAGAGUUGGUUGUAUCUGUUAUAUAUUAUUCAUAUUAAAUAUAUUUUCUCUUUCAGUUAUUUUUUCUCUUUGCUGCUGAGGAAUAAAGUAAGAAAGAGAUAGCAUAAUACUCGCCUCCGUGUCAUUAAUAAAAUCAUGACUUUACGUCAUGUAAAUAGUAAAAUCUUGGAAUUGUAGAGCAUGUAGUAUUUUACAGAACCUCCAUUAGAUGGCAGUGUUCCCAUUAUAGUAGUAUGAGUGUAGAGCAUGUAGUAUUUCACAGAACCUCCACUAGAUGGCAGUGUUCCCAUUAUAGUAAUAUGACUGUAGAGCAUGUAGUAUUUCACAGAACCUCCACUAGAUGGCAGUGUUUCCAUUAUCGUAGUAUGACUGUAGAGCAUGUAGUAUUUCACAGAACCUCCACUAGAUGGCAGUGUUCCCAUAAUAGUAGUAUGACUGUAGAGCAUGUAGUAUUUCACAGAACCUCCACUAGAUGGCAGUGUUCCCAUUAUAGUAGUAUGAGUGUAGAGCAUGUAGUAUUUCACAGAACCUCCACUAGAUGGCAGUGUUCCCAUUAUAGUAGUAUGAUUGUAGAGCAUGUAGUAUUUUACAGAACCUCCACUAGAUGGCAGUGUUCCCAUUAUAGUAGUAUGAUUGUAGAGCAUGUAGUAUUUCACAGAACCUCCACUAGAUGGCAGUGUUCCCAUUAUAGUACUAUGAUGGUAGAGCAUGUAGUAUUUCACAGAACCUCCACUAGAUGGCAGUGUUCCCAUUAUAGUACUAUGAUGGUAGAGCAUGUAGUAUUUCACAGAACCUCCACUAGAUGGAAGUGUUCCCAUUAUAGUAGUAUGAGUGUGGAGCAUGUAGUAUUUCACAGAACCUCCACUAGAUGGCAGUGUUCCCAUUAUAGUAGUAUGAGUGUAGAGCAUGUAGUAUUUCACAGAACCUCCACUAGAUGGCAGUGUUCCCAUUAUAGUAGUAUGACUGUAGAGCAUGUAGUAUUUUACAGAACCUCCACUAGAUGGCAGUGUUCCCAUUAUAGUAGUAUGACUGUAGAGCAUGUAGUAUUUCACAGAACCUCCACUAGAUGGCAGUGUUCCCAUUAUAGUAGAAUGACUGUAGAACAUGUAGUAUUUCACAGAACCUCCACUAGAUGGCAGUGUUCCCAUUAUAGUAGUAUGAUUGUAGAGCAUGUAGUAUUUCACAGAACCUCCACUAGAUGGCAGUGUUCCCAUUAUAGUAGUAUGAUUGUAGCGCAUGUAGUAUUUUACAGAACCUCCACUAGAUGGCAGUGUUCCCAUUAUAGUAGUAUGAGUGUAGAGCAUGUAGUAUUUUACAGAACCUCCACUAGAUGGCAGUGUUCCCAUUAUAGUAGUAUGAUUGUAGAGCAUGUAGUAUUUUACAGAACCUCCACUAGAUGGCAGUGUUCCCAUUAUAGUAGUAUGAGUGUAGAGCAUGUAGUAUUUUACAGAACCUCCACUAGAUGGCAGUGUUCCCAUUAUAGUAGUAUGAGUGAAGAGCAUGUAGUAUUUCACAGAACCUCCACUAGAUGGCAGUGUUCCCAUUAUAGUGGUAUGAUUGUAGAGCAUGUAGUAUUUCACAGAACCUCCACUAGAUGGCAGUGUUCCCAUUAUAGUAGUAUGAUUGUAGAGCAUGUAGUAUUUCACAGAACCUCCACUAGAUGGCAGUGUUCCCAUUAUAGUGGUAUGAUUGUAGAGCAUGUAGUAUUUCACAGAACCUCCACUAGAUGGCAGUGUUCCCAUUAUAGUACUAUGAUUGUCGAGCAUGUAGUAUUUCACAGAACCUCCACUAGAUGGCAGUGAUCCUCUAAUGAUAGUCUAUUUAGCUGAUUCGCCAUUCUGUCCUCCCCUUCAGCUCUAUGGUGUUGGCUCCGGAAGCACCCUGCCAGCCGGAAGUGCUAGCGGUGUCAGUAUUGGAAAAUGAGUGUAUGUGCGGUUAGUGCGCUGUUAUCCCGGUCGGUCCGGACUGCUACUCGGUGGCAGGUAAGUAGCACUGACUGCUGUGAUAUAGAGACCCCGCGCGGCCAGAGAGCGAUAACAGCCAUUAAAUGAUACCAGGAGACAGAAUGGCUGACCUUCUACCAGCGCUGAUAGGGAACACUGACACAGAGCGAGACAGAUACACUGACACAGAGCGAGACAGAGACACUGACACAGAGCGAGACAGAGACACUGACACAGAGCGAGACAGAGACACUGACACAGAGCGAGACAGAGACACUGACACAGAGCGAGACAGAGACACUGACACAGAGCGAGACACUGACACAGAGCGAGACCGAGACACUGACACAGAGCGAGACAGAGACACUGACACAGAGCGAGACAGAGACACUGACACAGAGCGAGACAGAGACACUGACACAGAGCGAGACACUGACACAGAGCGAGACACUGACACAGAGCGAGACAGAGACUGACACAGAGCGAGACACUGACACAGAGCGACUGACACAGAGCGACUGACACUGACACAGAUCGACUGACACUGACACAGAGCCACUGACACUGACACAGAGCCACUGACACAGAGCCACUGACACAGAGCCACUGACACAGAGCCACUGACACAGAGCGCGGAAUGUUGACACAGCGCUGAUAGGGAACACUGACACAGCGCGACACUGACACAGCGCUGAUAGGGAACACUGACACAGCGCGACACUGACACAGCGCUGAUAGGGAACACUGACACAGCGCGACACUGACACAGCGCUGAUAGGGAACACUGACACAGCGCGACGAUAGGGACCACUGACAGAGCGGUACUGACACAGAGCAUUGAUAGUGAACACUGACAGCAACACUGACACAGAGCGCUGAUGGGGAACACUGACACUGCGACGCUGACGCAGCACUGAUAGUGAACACAGACACAGAGUGACACUGACACAGAGCGCUGAUAGUGAACACUGACAGGGAAUGUUGACACAGAGCGACGAUAGGGAACACUGACAGAGCGACACUGACACAGAGUGCUGAUAGGGAACACUGACAGAGCGACACUGACACAGAGCGCUGAUAGGGAACACUGACAGAGCAACACUGACACAGAGCGCUGGUUGGGAACACUGAUACAGAGCAAUGCUGACACAGAGCGACGCCGACACAGACUGAUAGUGAACACAGACACAGAGCGACACUGACAGAGAGCGCUGAUGGUGAACACUGACACAGAGCACUGAUGGGGAACGCUGACACAGCACUGAUAGUGAACACAGAGUGACACUGACGGAGCGCUGACAUGGUGUGCUGAUAGGGAACGUUGACAGAGAGCAACACUUACGUGGAGUGCUGACAUGGAGGGUUGAUGGGAAACGCUGACAGAGGUCAAAGCUGACAGGGAAUAUUAACAUACAGUGCCUAUAGGAAACACUGACAAAUGCUGCUUAUAGGGAACACUGAUAGAAGCUGCGUGUAGGGAAAACUGACGAACACUAACAGAAGCUGCUUAUAUGGAAUACGUUGGCGCUAUAUAAAUACCAAUAAUAAUAAUAAGGCAAUAUUUACAAUAAAGGGUUCCUGACAGCCACUAAAUUCCCUUCCACUGUGAAACAGUACAACUCUUAUCUCAAAGCUAAUCUUCAUUUUAUUAGAAGAGCUCUGGCCGCGCAUGUACUUUUUGUCUCUAUGAGGAGCAUUGGAUUGGAUGUCUAGAAGUGUCGGCUGCUCAUUUCUCCAUACCAACUGACUUGCAAGUGCUAAGCGGUUAUCCAUUUAGAGUGUUUAGUCUUUGAGUUACUGUCAUAAUGUAUAUGAUUACUUUUUGUGUUUGUGCAGAUUUUACAGAUCUUACCAUCUUGCUAUUGCACCUGUGCACUUACAUCUAGAUUCAGUCAGUUGAGGUAUGUAUUCUAAUUACCUAAGGACUGUUGUUAUGCUAUUCUGCAGCAUUUUAUAAUAAUGUGUUGGGGAUAUAAAACAACUAUUGACAAAUUAGUGAUGACCGUGUCCAUCAUUUAAAUAACAAUUCUGGUUACUUAUUGUCUACGGAAGGCUCUGCAUUUCACCAGAACCACGCUAAUAAAAUAAACCAAUGUGUGUUUGGCGCAUAGUAAACUACUGGUUAAGAUUUAGUAAUGCAUUAAUACUGCAGGAUUUAUGGAGACUUUCCUUAAUUCACAACUCUUGCACAGAAGGGAAAGUCAGACAUACAGACAGACAAAAGUAAAAAUGCCUCAGACUAGUUUUCACAGACACAUUCUUUCCAACCAUCAGAAUCCGCUACAAAUGAAAUUCUGCUCUGUGGCUAAAAUAUUACACAGAACUGAAUUUAAAAAUGGCAGUCAAGUCUAUUAAAAUAAAUGCAGCCUCCAUGGAGCGAUUAAAAUCAAAAUGUGCAUGUUGGAUAACUUUUAGAUGUAUUUAUAUUCUUUUAUAAUGCUUGUCAUUAAACCUUAUCUAAAAUGCAAAUUUAAAAAUAAACCAAAGACUUAUUUUAUUUUGUGCAGAAAUGUAAAAUCUGUUUUAAGGACGUCGUCUGCAGGAAUAAAUACAAAUUCUCUACCGUCUAGAAUACAAGAAUUGGUAAGUUGAGGUUUUGGAUUAGCGACAACUGUCUCAACACAUUUGCAUAGAUGGUGUGAGCACGGAGCAAUUAUUCAUUAAAGUAAAGGGGGUGGGCACUCCUUACACCAUGACCACCACAGUGCAUUGUAGUGGUUAUGAUCCCUGGGAUGUUUCUUUAAGUGCAAAAUAACUGAAACUGUUUUGCUAAAUGUUUGCAUUUGGAGUAUUUUGGCCUGAAAUAUUAAAUUCACUUGAAUUCUCUAAACCUGACAAAUGGAAUUUUUUGAAUAUAUGCAUUGAAAUGUAUAGAAAGAGCUUUACAGAGUACUUUAUUUUGAGCAAUAUUUUAAAAAGGAACCAUGUGCACCUGGAGUGUAAUCACAGAUAUUUGGAGCUACAUGCAAAAAAAAUAUAUAUAUAUUUUUUAAUACCAAACUCAAGAACCAGAGCAUCCCCCCUUUCCCCAAAUCUCACAUGCAGUAAUGGUAUUAUUUAAGACCCUGGCAAUAAGAGAUUGUAAGAGAGAUUUUACAGGCCACUUUACUGGGUUCACUAAGUAACGUGGAGAAACGGCUACCCCUGUGAGUGAUGGUUUCCCUACAGCUGCCUGCUAUUGUAACAUUUAUUGAAAAAUACCUGGAUUUUUACAUUGCUAGUCACUGUUGGUGAGUGGUAAUUGUGCAUUUGCAAUUAAAUUUGCAGAGUAGUUAUCCCUUGUCAUGCUGAUGUACUGGGCGACCAGUACUACAAGCAGUAUUUCAUGUGCUGAUGUGGAGAAAUCAUAUAAUGAACCUGAUUAAUUGCACAUAUUGUCUCGUAUUCAUUUGUUUUAUAGCUUAUCAAUGAAAACAAUUCAACAACGUAGCAUUGAAAGACUUUUUUUUAUUUUCAUUUACAUAGAUAACCAUUAAUGAAGAACCAGACGUUCUGUACAAGAAAAUAGAAGUGUUAGCAAAAUGUCAUGAUAAGUCUGUGCUGGACAGCUAUGAGUAUUUUGUUGUCCUUGCUGCUAAAGAACUUGGAAUCUCCUUGGUGCAUGUGUAAGUACUGGAAGGUCUUGUGUAUUUUAAAGCCUCUAUUGUUAUUGAGCCUUACUAACUACAAACAUUUCUCAACCUCUCCAAAAUGUACUAUUUUACGUAUGUGAUGGUUAAAAGUCUGCAUUCUAAGUCAUUAAAGGAGCACUGUAAGUAGUUUUGGUGCCAGGUGUAUAUUAGUGCUGUUUACCAUAAAGAAGUCACUGUUUUAAAAUUGUUUAACACUUACCUGGGUCUCUGGCCACCUGCUGUGGUUCCAGGCCACGUGAUACAGCUACCCUUGACACAUUCUAAUAAACUGACAUAGUGAAAGCAGAAUAAGUACCACUUCAACUGUAAUGAGAAGACUGGAAGCACAGCAGGGUACCCAAGUUAGUGUUAAAGCAUUGAAGCGGUUUGACUCCUUCCUGGAAGACUGUGCUAGAUGGUACUCAUGGUACAUAACCAUUAGAACAGGCUGUGGCGCAUGCUGUGCCAUUUUACGAUAUGCUCACUGUUGACCUUGAAGUGUGAAUUGUCAGAAAUUCUCCCAUUUUCUAAAAUUUACUGAUGCUUACAAUUUCACACUUGUAUGUUGUGUAUUUAACCCUGACUGUGUUAGACUUAUUUAAUUUAUUGAUGAUAGGUGCCCUGCAGCAAUGGACCUGAGGUUAACAUUUUAACAAAUAAAAUUAAUAUCUUGUACAUGGGUUUCACAACACUGAGGCAGGCAGUAAUUCUUUAUUGAUUGUUGUUUAAAUAAGAUGCUUUUAUAAUUACUCAGAGACUUUGAGAAGCAGCAGAGGAUAAAACUGUUUGGGAAAGUAUAGCAAAUGUGCUAGAAUUAUGUUAAAAAUCCUCAAAAUAUUGAAGUUCCACAUAUACACUACUUGUUUUUUUGUUUAUUUUAAAGCUUUACUUUAUUUAUUUUUUUUACCAGAUAUGAGCCCAAGAGGAAGAUUGAACGGUUCACACUUCUAAAGUCUGUGCAUAUUUUCAAAAAGCACAGAGUUCAGUAUGAAAUGAGGACACAUUACAGGUGUUUUGAGGUAAGGGUAGAGCAUUACAUUGGCAAAUUAGAUGGGCUUGGCAAAUAAGGUGCUGGGACAGAAUACAUCUUAAUACACUAUGUUUUGUUGUCAGUAUUCAUAUUAAAGGACCACUAUAGUGCCAGGAAAACAUACUAGUUAUCCUGGCACUAUAGUGCCCUGAGGGUGCCCCCACCCUCAAGGUCCCCCUCCUGCCAGGCUGGAUGGAAAGGAAGGGGUUAAACUUACCUGUUUCUCCAGCGCCGGGCAGGGAGCUCUCUUCCUCUUCGGAUGAAUGCUCGUGCGCGGCAAGAGCCGCGCAUGCGCAUUCAUCCAGUCUCAUAGGAAAGCAUUUAAAAUGCUUUCCUAUGGACGCUGGCGUCUUCUCACUGUGAAAAUCACAGUGAGAAGCACACAAGCGCCUCAAGCGGCUGUCAAGAGAAAGCCACUAGAGGCUGGAUUAACCCUAACAUAAACAUAGCAGUUUCUCUGAAACUGCUAUGUUUAUAGAAAAAAAAAAGGUUAACCCUAGCUGGACCUGGCACCCAGACCACUUCAUUAAGCUGAAGUGGUCUGGGUGCCUAUAGUGGUCCUUUAAUCCCUUAAGGACCAAACUUCUGGAAUAAAAGGGAAAUCAUGACAUGUCACGUGUCCUUAAGGGGUUAAGCUUCCCCACCCCAUUUAAAAUUCUAAGCUCAUUAAAGGGACAUUCUAAGCACCAGAACCACAGUAGCUUAGUGCAUUGCUCUGAUGCAACUAGACAGUAUCUGUGUUCUUAAAUGCAAACAUUUAUUUUUAUCAGCCAUUAGAGAUGCUUCCUGCUGCAGUCCUCCAUGAAGAUGCGGAGUGCUCCCCAUAGAGAGAGUAUUAUGCUAUAUUUGCACAGUGAUUGCUGUGCACAUAGAGUUGUUCCCAGUACUUUGCUAUGUAGAAGAUAAUCACUGAUGCUCUCAGCUAGGGACAGAAUGGUAGGUGAGAAACUGUCCCCAGGAAUUUUAAUAUAAUAUCAAUAUUUAUCUGUGAGGUGUAAAAAAAAAAAAAAAAAUUACAUGUAGAAAUCCACACCUUUUUUUUUUCUGCAAUUGAGCGCCUCCAUCUUAGCUGCCUGUCAGUCAUUCUUACAAACUCUGUCCUUUGCAGUUGGGAACCGGCGUAGAGAAAGCAUACAAAGAGGAACAAUUAAACACGUUUGCCUUGUCUUUACUAGAUCAAUAUGUAAUUUACUAUAUCUGUAUCAUGUUUAAUGGCAAGCUGAGCUUCACAUACAGAAAUUGGUUAACACAAAGUAAAGAUCGUUUUUAAUGUUUUAUUGAGAGGUGUAAACUAUAGAGAAGUGAUACAUCACCCUGUAACGCUUGAAUAAUGAGUGCAGUUCAUAUGACAGUGAAAGCAUUGCAACUGAUUGAAUGCCUGUGUGUUAAUAUUUCUAUACAAAUGUAAUAGAAAACUGAGGAAAAGUUUUGGAAAAUUCUUAAAUUAACUUGUAGUUUAUUUGUAGUUAAAGCAUAUAACGGGCAGUACUGCAAAUGUGUACCUGGAAUAUAUACAGCGUAACCUACCAGAAGGAGCUGCUUUGGAAAUUACAAAGGUAAUAAAUCUUAUUAUACAUUACCUAUUUAAACUGUAAUGGAAAAAAAAUCUAAUCUUUUAUUUUACUAUUUUAGACAACACUUGAGAAACUUCCAGACCAUAUAAAAUAUCCAGUAUGGGACCAACUCUCAAAGGAAGAGAACGAGAAGACUACUUUGUAAAUCCAUUUCAUGAUAAUUUUUUUCUUCCUUCAGAUAUUUAGACAAUUAAAAAUAAAUGGACUAUUCCUAAAACCAAUUAGAGUUUGCAUCAUAACAUUGCAUCAAAGGUUAUGAAUGAAAUUGUGGUUUUAAUAAUAGACUGACAUGCAGUUACCUCAUUAAAAUAAACUGUAGUCACCCAGACCAUUUAAUCUCAAUGAAGUAGACUGGGUGCAGUGGCCCCGUCCUUUUAACCUUGUAAUGUAAAACAUUGCAGGUUUGUUUUGUUUACAUUACAGGGUUAAAUACACCUCAAGUAGCUGCCACACAAACAUCAUCUAGAGCAGUGGUUCCCAAACAACUCCUCAUGCCUUUCCUACCAGUCGAGGAUUUAGAGAUUACACAGUUGAGUUUAAAGCAAGCAUGUCAAACUUGCAUGCAGCCAACAAUGGUUAUAUUUGCAGCCCACCUGCCCUGGGGCCACUUUGUGUUGUGGCUGCAAUCAGUCACAAGACGGGAAAGAUCUUUCCUGGAGGAUGGGCGGCUCAUUUUAAGGUAGAGGAAGAGAGGCUUGGGGGACCUUCCUGUGUAGUGUGCUAAAUUGGGGAGGGGGGCAGUGUAUUCAUUUAAAGGAGUGAGUGGGCACUGUAUUAAUUUGGGGGAGGAGGCCAAUGUAUUAAAUUUGGGAGAAGGGGCGUUGUAUUAAAUUGGGGGAGGGAGGCAGUGUAUUAAAUUAGAGUGCUAGGAGGAAAGGCAGUGUAUUAGAAUGGGGGGGGAGAGGUCAGUGUAUUAGAUUGGGUCUGCAUGGAGGCGCUGAAUGCUCCCCAUGGAGAUGCCGAUUCGGCAUGCAGCUUUUUGCCACAAAUGCACAAUAGCCUCCCAAUGCUUUCCUAUAGGAAAGCAUUGGAUUGGCUGAGAUCAUACAGUUUGAUCUCAGCCAAAGUGAAGAACACAUUCAUAGGACUUAAACAUCAGCAAGAUAACGUCAUGUUUUUUUACAUCUGUGCAACAGCAUACAUUCACCAUUUUAGUACCAUUACCAAACUUUUCUUAAUAUGUUGAAGUUGGACUGAAACAUUGGUUAUAUGCACAUGCAUGUAUUCUUAAAAUUCACACUAUUGUUUACUUUGAAGCCCUACGAGCGUGAGGACGUUCAGUGCUAGUUAGGCAAAAUUUUUGUACUGUACUUUUCUAAAUAAACCUGUUUCUAUAAAAACUGAAGUUUAUUUUGCAGCCCACAUAAACUUAAACCUUUUUUAUUUGGCCCGUGUUAGCCUUUGACAUGCUUGGUCUAAAGUGUUUUUAGAAAUGGGGGAGAGGUGUGUGUGUGUGUGUAUAUAUAUAUAUAUAUAUAUAUAUAUAUAUAUAUAUAUAUAUAUAUAUAUAUAUAUAUAUAUAUAUAUAUAUACACACACACACACCUCCCACCAAGCCCUGGACUGGUAGAGGGGGCAUAAGGACUGGUUUGGGAACUACUGCUCUAGAGGUUCUUCUGUGGCACUAGCAGAGUAAAACUGUCACGUAACAUGGAAGCCCCUACGAAGGCACUGAAUACAACUUACACAAAUGACAAUUUCCUGCUGUUGAUUCACUAUUUCAAGACAAACUGUAAUACCUCCGUAAUUGUGGCUGCAUGUAACGAACUUGUUAGUCCAAGUGUAGUCUGCAUUAAACUCUGUGGAUCCCCAAGAAAAUGUGAGCAACGUUUUGAUGGUAAUAUCACAUUGCUUAAAGCACUCCGCACACUCAAUGUCAGUAGGAACUGGAUAUUGGGGUCCUUGCAAGAUAUGCCAUGCAGAUGGCCCACUUAAACCCCUUAAAGAGCAAAUGCCACAAUUUGCCAUCAUUGUAACCUGCUCCUUCUGUCCCAAAAUGGAAUGUUCCAGUUGCUGAACUUUAAAAGCUCUAUAUAGCUCUACAGUAAUUGUGUUGCUCAUUCUAUUUUGAAAUAGGAUCUUCAAAGGAUCUCUGUACUGGAAUGUUUAUGCUCUUUUGAAGGAGUAAAAAUUUCACCUAUACAUUGUGCAAAUGUUUUUUUCUAGCAAAUAGACAGAUUGGGCAAAAAACAUUUAAAACUCUUUCUCCCUGCUGUUAAUAAACAUAUUGACUGACCAGGGAAAGAAAACAGAACAGACCACCCACAAGAGAUCCUGCCGCUCUCCCAAACAUAGAAUUGCAUGGAACUCCUUAGUAAUCUCUUCUAGCACCUGCUAGGGAUUAUAGGAAUGGAAUGACAUAACAUUACUCUGUUCCAAUGCUGGCAUUAAAAUUCUCAAUCUCUCUCUCUCCUCUGGCAUAUUUCCAUCGCCCUUCAAACAUGCAACUGUAAUUCUAAAGAAGCCCAAUCUUGACCCUAACUCCCCAUCCAACUAUCGUCCUAUCUCGCUACUGCCUUUUGCAUCCAAGAUCCUUGAAAGAAUUGUGUAUGCGAGAUUGACAGACUUCCUCCAGUCCAACUCUCUGCUAGACCCGCUUCAGUCUGGUUUCCGCGCUAAGCACUCUGUAGAAACAGCACUGACCAAAGUAUCCAAUGAUCUACUCGCUGCAAAAUCUCGUGGUCACUACUCUAUCCUAAUUCUCCUUGACCUGUCUGUGGCUUUUGACACUGUUGAUCAUCAACAGCUUCUUCUCAUCCUCCGCAAUAUCGGUCUACAAGAUAUUGCUCUCUCCUGGUGCUUCUCCUACCUCUCCCAGCACUCUUUCAGUGUAUCUUUCUCUGGCUCUGCUUCUUCUCCCCAACUCCUCUCUGUUAGUAUCCCCCAAGGUUCAGUCCUUGAUCCCCUACUGUUCUCCAUCUACACUGCCUCCCUUGGUAAAGUCAUUAGCUCCUUUGGCUUCCAAUAUCAUUUCUAUGCAGAUGACACGCAAAUCUACCUGUCCUCUCCUGAUCGCUCCCCGUCCCUCUUGACUAGUGUCUCUGACUGCCUCUCUGCUAUUUCUAACUGGAUGGCUGCCCACUUCCUUAAAAUAAACUUGACCAAAACUGAAAUUCCCCUUUGGUACUGAUAGGUCAGACCCAUUUCCCCAGUAACCGGAUGGGACACAGUUCCUAGAUACAACAUUUGACAAUCUUUAUUUGGGCACACAGCUUUUUAUGCACAGACCCACAGGGGGUCUCCAUCAAACACAAAACCUACAGGAGGGGGCUGGGGACUAGAUAACAUCUCCCAGAACCAGAGAAGGUUAACUAGACACAGAGACAUGCAUGAUAAAUUUUUACAUUCAGGGGGAUAUACUUUGGGGCUCGGCCCCCCGGGACGGAAAGGGGCUACAGGGUUAAAACUUACAUAGCUAAAUAGCCCCGGGUCCCCUCUGGGACCUCUGCAAAAAGCUUGGCGAUCGGAUGUACAGAGCCAGAGAUAUCAGCGUUGAAAGGCUGGGGUUCAAGGCUCUGUACAUCCCUGAAAUCAGUUCCAUGGUGUUGCUCGGUUUAGUCCGACGAAUUCAAACUUCGUGCCUAAACCAAGCAGCCGAAAUGGUGCAAACCAAAUCGCGCCAAUCAGCAUUGGAAGGAGGAAGGAGUUUCGCCGCCGAAGGGAGGAUAGUGCGCGAAACCCGAUGUCACCAAUCCACUCAAAGCGCCCAGGGACGAGAGGGUCUUCGCCGCCCAAUCAGAUGCAAGGGCACGAAACCCAGUUUGAAUAAGCGCUCCAUCUUGGAUUGGUAGCCCGCUCCCUGCGGCGACCAAUCAGCACUCUGCCUGUGCCGAGAAACCAGGGGAAUGGCGCGAACGCAGUUUGAAUAGGUGCUCCCUCUCCCAUUGGUCAGCACGGACUUCCAUGCGGCCAGCAGGAAUCCUGCAGUUUUGAGACCAACUCACAGCCCCAGGGACUCGGCGCUGACGCGCGUCCCUCUCUCUGGUGGAUAACCCCACGCAGGUAUCCACCGGAGAGAGCGCUCUCCUGGGCAGCCACGAGCAUACCAUCGUAGUUCCCAGGUAAGGGAAAGAGAUGAAGGAUUAUAGCUCUUUUAGGGAGUAGGUAGGAUAGUCCCUGACUCCGUUGGGGAGCAGGUAGGACAGUCCCUGACACCGAGAUCAAAGAGUGUACGCAGGCCGGUUCCGGAGACGACUGCUCCCCCUGGUGGGCGUUCGGUGAUACGAACCGACAGCCACCCAGGGAAAGCAUGCGUCGCUCGUUCCCUUGCGGUCUGUGGUUUUCACACCUUGUUAGCGAGGUGUGAACAUUCUAAUUGGAGGAUCGGGGUGAUCCAGCACGGUUCGGGAGACGAAUGCUCCCCCAGUGGGCGUUCGGUAAUACGAACCGGCGACCACCCAGGGGUAGCACGUGCCCCUAGUUUUCUUGCGGUCUGCGAUUUUCACACCUCGUUAGCGAGGUGUGAACGUUCUUAAUAAACGGUCUAAAUGAAGUGCCAGGGUGGUCCAGCGCACGGAGCUCCAUGCGCCGGAGCGACCCCGGGUGGACAAAGGGUAUAUUACAGGAUUUUAUGGUAAAAAUUACAGAAAGGGGAAUAUGAACACAUUCUAAGAGGGCACAUCCAUACAUAUAAAACAAGGCAAUUCAUAGUUUAGGCAGGCCCGCUGCACAUGGCAUUCGUUUGCAUAAACAUAGGCUCUGUGUGUGAAGGAUAGCAUAAAAUCUAACCUAAUACAAGUUAGUGAGGCGAACAUACAGUCUGCUUGGGUUAAGUUAGAAUUUGGUAAUCGCACAGUAACUCAUGUAGGUGUGAUUUUUAAGCAGGGUCUUGUUACCAGCGGGGUACCUUGAGGAUGUGUACUUGGGCCUAUUCUCUGAUAUUGCAGAAGGUCUUGAUGGUAAGGCAUGUCUUUUUACUGAUGAUACAAAGAAUUGCAACAGGGUUGACGUUCCAGGAGGGAUAAGUCAAAUGGCAAAUUAUUUAGGUAAACUAUAAAAAAUGGUUAGAGCUGUGGCAACUGACAUUUAAUAUUGAAAAGUGCAAGAUAAUGCAUCUUGUGUAUAAAAACCUAAGGGCAGAGUAUAUAAUAUUAGAUACAGUACUAACUUCAACAUCUGAGGAAAGGGAUUUAGGAGUAAUUAUUUCAGAUGACUUCAGACAAUGUAAUAAAGCAGCAGGAAAUGCUAGCAGAAUGCUUGGUUGUAUAGGGAGAGGUAUUAGCAGUAGAAAGAGGGAGGUGCUCAUGCCAUUGCACAGAACACAGGUGAGCCCUCACUUGGAGUACUGUACACAGUACUGGAUACCAUAUCUCCAGAAUGAUAUUGAUACUUUGGAGAGUGUUCAGAGAAGGGCUAAAAAAACUAGGCCAUGGAUUGCUGGGUAAAACUUACCAGGAAAGGUUAAAGGAACUUAACAUGUAUAGCUCGGAGGAAAGACAAGACAGAAGGGAUAUGACAGAAAUAUUUAAACACAAAGUGAAUCAACACAGUAAAGGAGGAGACUAUAUUGAAAAGAAGAAAAACUACUACCACAACAUAAUCUUAAAUUAGAGGGGCAAAGGUUUAAAAAUAAUAUCAGGAAGUAUUACUUUACUGAGCGGGUAGUGGAUGCAUGGAAUAGCCUUCCAGCUGAAGUGGUAGAGGGUAACACAGUGAGGAAGUUUAAGCAUGCGUGGGAUAGGCGUAAGGCUAUUUUAGAUAUAAGAUAAGGCCAGGGACUGAUGAAAGUAUUUAGAAAAUUGGGCAGACUAGAUUGGCCGAAUGGCUCUUACCUGCCAUCACAUUCUAAGUUUCUAAAAUAAAAUUUUUUUUAAAAAGGAGAGCCAAAUGGUGCAAUAUUGUUGGGUUUAAAAUCACUUAAAACAAAUGUCCUCAAAUAAUUCCUGCUCACCUUAGUUAGGAGCCCAUAAAUAGGUGGCUCCAAGUUUGAAGACUUGUCAAAUGUAUGGUGACAAUGUCCUCUUAGAACCAGAGGAUGCCAUUUCCAAGAUGGAAUCACUAUUAGGUGUUUUCAGCAAAGAUUAAAUAAUUAAAAAGCAACUAUUUAAAAAUAGUAAUAACUACAUUCAAUAAUAAACACUGAAAUCCUCCCUCCGAUACGAGUUUCAUCUGACCACCAGAACGUAUAUAACCAAUUUGUACUUACCACAUUGAAUUGAACUAUUUUUUGUUUGUUUUGUAUUUCCUUUUAUAUGUCUACAUGCUGCCCUGGUACAUGUCUUAAGGGGUAAGUGUUAUCCUACACCAACAGUAUUUUUGGUGGGAUAGACCACCUAAACACCAAGUUUGGUUUUAAGAUUUGAGCUUUAGAGAAAAGAUCUACAUCUUUGCCAAGCUGUUUUUAGAUAAUGGCAAAAGAUGCACAAGUAAAUGUAUGAAUGUUUUUAUUUUGGCAGUGUAAUGUCCCUUUAAUCUCUUUACCUGCCAGCACUUGCAAAAGCAGUAGGCAAGUGCAGCUUUUGCAACCUGAUUUUAGAUACACCCCAAUGUAAAAUACAUAAUUAAAUGAAUGCAUGUUUUAAUUUGUGGUAUAUCUACUAAACAGUGAUUUUUAUUUUGGCGGUGGAGUGUCUAUUAAAAGGAUAGAUUAUGACAUUGGUCUUUAAGAGGAUGAACUAUACUACUUUUAUAUAGGCAUGUAAUGUAACUGUGGAGAUGUAUAACAAAUUAUAGAAAUUUACAGAACUGUUACUUUCCCAAACCCCAUCUUAGUAUUCAUAAUAAGUAAGCAGUUUAGUUCACAGAUUCUGUAAGUACUAGAAAACUACAUGUAUGCCCGUAAAGUAGAUCUCUUUUUAGCAGUAAUUCACUGUUACCAGAAGCUAACUGGUUCUGCUAGAAUGAGUGUAUUUAUUCAUGUUUUCCCAGGUAAAAAUAGUCAUUUAGCCCCUAACUUGGAAGCAAAAUGCUUACCUAGAUUUUUUUCUGUAAAUGCACCCAAAUGACAGCUGCAAAAAAAAAAAAACAUCCCUACCAUAGGCAUAUCACUGUGAACCUUGCUCCUGAGUGAGGAAGCCACCUUUGUAUUCUUUAUUCAAACAUUUAUACUGUGUAGAAUGGCUAUUUGUUUGUCAACACUGGUCACUGAGGCUGUAUUUUAUUUCUCUAUUCAUAUCUGUUUAAACCAACACACAGCUGAUACUGGAAAGCAAUGUAAUUUUUAACUAUAAUUACUCCUUGUAUUUUGAGAGGAAUGGAAAUUAUUUCAAACAGAGCAUGCAGAAGCCAGAUUUGUGAAUAGACCAAGCACAGGAAAGUCAGAAGCGAUAGAGCAUUGAUUCAUACAAAAAGUUUUGUUUAAGCCACAAACCCUUUGAAUCAGAAAGCUUACCUGUUAGCGAAAAUGCAUAAGAAUCAACAAUUCCACAGGUGAAGGAUUUUUUUUUUUUUUUAAAACAUUCUCACCUUUAAAAAAGGACUGUUUCAAGUUCUUGAAUGGUCUGCAUACCAUCUUCAAUACGCUUCAAAGGGUGACUAUGUUACCCUUCGGAAGACAACAAUAGUAGCAUCAUUUUUUCACAAUCUGAUGUUAUCAUGAUCAGUUAGGGCUUUAUUCACUAAACAGUAAAUUGACAAUGAAUCCACACUUUUUACAUAUCUUACUUUGAAAUGUUUAAACCCCUUGUUAACAUAUAUGCUAAAGUUGUUAAAAAAAAGAUAAAAGAACAAAAGAACAAAGAUGCGUGGACUACUGCCAAAUGUCCAGGCAAGCCCAUGCUAAAUGUAUAUUUAUAGAGGUUCGUAUACACUUUGAUGUCAGUUCUGUUUAUAACCAAGUUUCCAUAGUAUUCAUUUGCAAUUUUGCCAUGUUAAAACUACAGUGACAAAAUGCAAUAUAUAAUCCCAUAUCUGUGUAUAUGUUCACGCAUUGCUACUUGUGUUUGUAUACAUAGAUAUACAGGAAGAAGAUAUCUAAUGUGCAUUAAGACAAUUUUAGUAUGACUUGGUGAAAUCUGCAACAAAGAACAAGACACACCCCUCCAUAGGC